AUGCUCCUCUCACUCAAGAAGCUGGUCUUCAUACUCCCUCUCCUUCUCUCAAUCAGUGCGGAGACACCUGCCUCGACCUUCGUCCCCGAUGACGCCACCUCCGUUGUCUCCAGCGCAUCUAUUGCGAGCUCCACUAGCGAAAGUGUAGCGAUCACCUCUGCAGAGUCUAUCUCUGAAAACUCUUCUACCCUGGAGGAUAAAAGCACUGCUAUUGAAGCAACGCCCACUUCAUCUUCGUACACGGCGGAGACCAUUUCCUCGUCCGAGGAGGCGGUUCCGUCUACCACUAGCGACACAGCCGAGGAAAGCAUCACCUCCUCUGCCUACGUCCCAUCGUCCUCUAUCACUCCUACAUCCUCUACGGAAAAAGGGUCCAUCCCUACCUACCAGUCGUCUAUUUCUUCCUCAUCGACAGAAGCUACCACUACCAGCGAAAUCGAAGAAGAUUGCCCUGAAGAAUCAGAAACCGCCAGCACAACCGAAAGCUCUGCUGCAACUUCGGCAGUGUCCAGCAUCGAAGAGGAUUGCCCCGAAGAGACUGAUGUAUCGCCAGAUACAACUGCUGCCGCCACGUCCACCACCUCAGAGCAACCAUCUCUUACCAGCUCGGCCACCACUGAGACCAGUAGCGACGCUGGACAAUGUCAGUGUCCUUGCGCGUGUACUGCUUCGGGAGCUCAGAGCAGCAGUGCUAUCGGAGGAAACUUGGGUGCUGUCCCACCUUCUUCCACUAGCGGUUCCGAUACUGCGCAAGCUUCUGGCGACUCGGCAUCAGUUGUGAGCUCGAGUGAGGCUGUACCCACUACUAUAAGUGGGACAGCAUCAGACUCUUCUGCAACUCAAACCGCAGCUACUAUUAGUGGCCAAGAAGGCGACGCCACCGACUCGGCAGCCUCUGAAACAGACUUGGCAGCAAGCAGUACGGCGGCAGGCGAAUCCGGAGCUGCCGACAGCUCAGGUAGCGUUACAAGUGGUGCCGGAGAGGCGUCGUCGACAUCAUUGGCAAGCGGAGCGGGAGAGACUGGUGAAGCGGCAAUGGCGACUUCAUCUAGCGAGCUUCCUGUUAGUUCUGGGAGUACAACCGCCAGUGGAGCGGCAAGCAGUGGCAGUGCCAAUGCAACAACCACCGGCAAUGCGACGACCGCCGCCGAUGCUUCAACACCAACCAAUCCUGGCAAGUAUGGAACCCUGACUUACUAUAUGAAAGGCAAUGUGAUGAUCUUUGAUGGCAACUCGGAAGUUGGCCUGGCUAUCAGCCCCGAUGAAGGCGAAGAUUCGUCCGAUUAUUCGAUCCGUUUGACCGAUAAUCAGGCGUAUUCAAGCGUUUGGAGCUUUACUUCGUGGACGACAACGAGCGAUGGAAAGUAUGGCCUUGAUGUUGAAGGAAGCUCUGCGAAUCGAAACAUCACUUGUUUGGUCACCUUCAAUACCGGUGACCAUUCCAAUCUGGCAAGCGUCACCAUUCAAGAUUCUGACCCGUGGGUGACCGAAGAUGACACGGGUCACACACUUGCUAUGUAUUGUGAUGGCGAUUACCAGGAUAACGACCCUGACGAUCAAGAGAAGAAGAAGAAGAGGAGAAGGAGCAUGGGUAGUGCUAGUCAUCUCGGACACCACAGCAGGAGGGGGGAUAUAUGGUGA